UGGGUGGAGACGAGUGUUGAUCUGUGACAGAGGGAUAGCAGCAAGAAAGAAAGGGAAGGUUUACAAGAUGGUAGUGAGACCUGCAAUGAUGUAUUGUUUGGACAUAGUGGCACUGACACAAAUACAGGAGGCAGAGCUGAAGACUUUCAGAUCUUCAUUACGAGUGAGCAGGGUGGACAGGGUUAGAAUUAGAAGAAGAAGAAGAAGAAGAAGAAGAAGCGGCACGCCAUUGGCCAGAGUGGCUGCAGCGGAACUUGCUAUUGGCUGAUUCUGUUGCCCCGCCAGUCGAGUCGGGAAACAGCGCCAUAAUUAAACUGUAGCCGACCUGUGUUUUCUGCGGAUUGUUUGCGGCCUGAUUUACUAAGAUAGUAACAGACAAAAAAUUUGUUCCAGGACGGUUGGAACUUUUUUAAUCUUUCAGUGACCUUCCCAAAGAGUUUAGUUUUGUUACGUUAGGCAGGUAGCAAGGGCGCUAAUAUGGCCCGAUCGCUAGGCUAACGCAAAUACCCCAGCAGUCGGUAACAGCAGGCUCAAUUUAGCGCUCACAGUCUCUUCCUUCAGCGACAACAGCGAUGAACUACCCGCGAAGCCUCCAGGGUCUGCCGUGUGAAAUGUUCCAGGAGACUGCGAGAGCACGGAACUCAGUGAACCCUCGGACACCACUGAGUUUCCCUAAAUCCAGAUCAGCUCUGUGGGACAGCAGCCCCAUGGGCGAGAAGCUCCGCCUUCACCUCAGCUCACACAGGAAGCCUCAGUUGGUGCUAUUAGAGAAAACUCUUCGUCUGGCGCAUCGUCACACCCGUCGCAGUAACAAGCCCCACCUCCACUGUUUCUUAUUGGGAACGGUUUCUGUCGAUUCAGAUGAGGAGGGCAUCACAAUCACCCUAGAUCGCUUCGACCCGGGUCGGGAUCAGGCCGGAGCCUCGGGUCAGGUUCCCUCUGCUCCUCUGCCUGGAGACGUCCUGGUUCCCUGUUUAUUCUCCUCUCAGACUGAGACUGUCGUCCAAUCAGAGGCCGAGCUCCAUCACUGCUUCAAGGUGUUGCAGCAGUUUGUGAGCAGCCGACAGACUCUAGAUCUGUCUCAGCUGCUAAAGGUCAAAGGGCAUGUGGCCUGCUGUGAGCAGAGUGAUGCUGCAACGUUUACCCUCAGCUGGUCAAUCAUCAGUCCGUCUGUCAGCGUGGAAGUGGAGCCGGUCAGAAGUGUCCCCAUCAUCCCGACUGCUCUGUUCAGGAGUCUAACCAACGUAAGCAGACCACUGGGGCGUGACAGCAGCCGACAGAGAGGGUUUCUGACCAUGGACCAGACCAGGAAGUUGCUCCUGCUGCUUGAGUCUGAUCCGAAAGCCUCCAGCCUGCCGCUGGUCGGACUCUGGCUGAGUGGAGUCACACACAUCUACAACCCUCAGGUGUGGGCCUGGUGUCUGAGAUUCAUGUUCAGCUCCACCCUCCAGGACAGAGUGCUGUCCGACGGUGGCUUCUUCCUCCUCGUUGUGUUCGGUUGCGCUCGCAGAGCUCCUCAGUUCUUCCGCUGUCGAGGCUCAGGACCACAGCUGGACUGCCAGCUGCUGACGGCUUCACACACAGCCACUCUCUACCAGCAGGCAGUGCAGGUGGAUGGGAAGACUCUGCAGGUGGAGCUGACUUCAGAGGAUCACAGCAGAAAGUUGGAGGUCUUCAGAGAAGCUCAGAUCUCUUUCAGCAGAGCGCCUCCACCCUCCGCUGCCCUUUCUGUCACUGAUCAGGACUCUGGAGUUGAGGAUGAUGAUCUUUCUCCACGGCCGUCCCCGAGCCCUCAUACUCCAGCUCACCAGGCUCGGCGGGUGGAGCCAUCUGUUCCCGAGCUCUCUCUGCUGAUUGACUCCAGCUUCACCUGCACUCAGCCCAAUCCUGCCUCUGCCUGCAAGCCUCCAGCUCAUCCACGUGGAAACUCCUCUUCAGCCCCUAGAACUCCUCCUUAUCUUCAAAGCACCCCCAACCCCAACUCCAACCCACAGCAGCCCUGCAACUGCUGCUCUAACCAUCCCUACAACUGUACCGCCAUUAUCGCCUCCCCAGGUCUCCCUCCUGCUGCUUCACCUGUGUCCCAUCAUAAUGAUCCUUCUGCUUCUAGUCUCAUCCAUGCUCCUCCUCCUCCUCCUCCUCCUAGCAACCAUCCAUCUCUUUCUGUACCUCCUGCCCCCACCACUCGGUCUGUUCCUCCAUCAUUCACUUGCCCUGCCCCCUCUCCAUCUCAUCAACAUGUUUCACCUCCACACUCCUCCAGCCACCCAGCUCCCCUCAACCCUGAUAUCUCUACUCCCCUCUCCACCCACCACCACGCUCCUCCCUGCACACUUGUCCGCCCUCCUACUCCUUCCUUCCCGUGCAGACCCCCAGCCUCCUUCCCACACUCCUAUGCAGCAGCAGACCCUGUGCCCUCGCCCUGGCUUUCCCAACCCUCCUGUAUGAAUCAAUGCUGUUAUCAGGCGAGUAGAGUUGUACCACCAGACACCUACCAGCUCCUCCUCCAUCAGGAGCACCAGCUGCGCCUGCUGCAGGCUCAGGUCCAGAUGCUCCUGGAGGCUCAGAAGAAGCUUCAGUCCUCUAACCAGUCCCCAGGCGACAUACACACACCCAUGAAUGUGGCCAGCAUCGCCGUAGAGACAGGUGCUAGUCUGUUCUGGGGGAGUCCUGCACAGUCCACCUCACAUCAGGAAGAGCAGGUGCACCCUCCCUCCUCUACUGGGCCCCCGUCUACACCCAAGCCUCCACCUUCAUCUUCCUCCUCUAGCCCCUCAAACUCUUCAUCAUCACUCAUCAGGCCUGCGGGUAGUGCUGACAGUGACAGAGGUCAUUCAGCUCCCUGCUCCCCACCUGGUGUGCACAGCAGUCCAGUUCUGGGAGAAAGUCUCAGCAUGUACAAACCAACAGAGGAACAGCACACCUUCUACCACAACCUCAUGACGCAACUCACCAGUCGUCUUCAGGAGUCACCUAGCAAACAGGAAGUGGAGGACGAAUCCAGGAGGACGAGGAGUCUGUCAGCAGUUUCUGAUUGUUCUCAGUCCUUCCAGUCCAUGUCGUCCUCUUCAUCCAGCAAGAAGCAGCAGCAGCAGCAGAGUCCAGUAGAAGACCCGGUGGUCAGUGCUACACUGCGGCAGCUGCAGCAGCUCGGAGUCCACGUGGACGAAGACGUUCUGACAGAGUCUGGCAAAAACCAUCGGAAAGCUGUGGAAACUGCCAGCACUCUGGCCAGCAUCAACCCGGCAGCAGUACUUUCUAGACUGAGUGUUUCUGAGCCGACAGCCAGCGCUCUGUGUCCAGGAGGCAGCGUGGAUCUGAGCCUGGAGGCCAACGCCAUUGCCCUGCACUACUUGAGUGACUCUCAGCUCAGCAGGCUGUCCUUGGGAGGCCACAUUCCUCAUUCUAGUCUCACUCCCUCCUCCACUAGUGAUUCUCUGCCAUCACCUAGUAACAUGUCUCUGGCCACCAGAAAGUACAUGAGAAAGUAUGGGUUGAUCGAGGAAGAGGAUGGUGAAGAUGAGGUGGAGCAAAAGGAGGUGGGAGUUCAGGAGACAUCAGAUCGUGAGCCCCUGACAGAAGCUGUGAAUGCGAGGUUCCUCCCACAGAGUCAGCUGAUCCAGGAUCUGCGCCCCAAAAUGCAGCUAUUAGCCAACCACACUGAACCACAUACCAGUGACAAAAAGAACCAUUCCAACAGGCAGCCAUCUUUUGUCAGGGCAAACCUCCGUCAGACAGAGGGAUCACUGGGAAACAUCCUGGACCUGAGCCGCCUGAGACAGCUGCCCAAACUCUUCUGAUGCCCACAUCACCAGUAAAGCAACCCCAUAUUGAACUGUAAUAUGCACUAAGCUUUUAUAGAUAGUUGAAGCCUGGUGUGUCCUAGGUACUCUCAGCUGGUCUGAUAGACGUCCUGGUUUCCAUGGACACUGGCUGUCACUGGAAAUUUGCCGUCUUUAGUCCUAGCAAUUCUCUGGGAUGCAGAAAAGUGCUGGAGGCUAAACUAUUUAAGAUAGCUGCCCAAACUCUUAUGACACCGUGUAAACCAGACUAAACAAACCUCUUAAACUUUAAGUGGAAUUUGCUUUGCUCAAGGAGCUCAGGACUGUUGCUAAUACGAUUUUAUUUUCUUUUUUUUUACUGGAAACCUGGUUUCUUUUUAAAAACCAUUAAAGUUUGAAUGGUGUGCUCAGUGUGUUAAUGAACUAAUAGUCUAUUGAGUUGGUCAGAUUUGUGUGUUUGAUGGACUUUUUGUGUCAUAUUUUCCUCUUCUGUAAAAUGUCUCAUGAACAAUUUGUUUUAGUAUUUAUGAAUCCACAAAUAAAGUUUUCCCAGGAAAUUCUAUUAAAACUGCAGCGGAUGGUGUUGCUUACUUCAGACGUC